AUGAAGCACCUUCUGGCAAACCUCUUCUUCGCGCUGCUGCCUCCGUCGCGGCACACCGUGAACCGACAUGGAGUGAUCCGGUGCAGCGCACCGCCGCCCAUCCCAUCCGUGGACGUCAAGGCUCUGACGGUCGGCACCAUCGUGGCCGGCCGGGUGCUCGGCGUCGGCGAGGACGGGAGCUACGAGCUGGACAUUGGGACGGGCAGCCCGGCGACGAUGCCGCGGUCCGAGUCGGCGCUGCUUCCCAACGCGACCCGCUACGCCGACCUGAGCGCCGGCGAGGUGCGCGAGGCGCUCGUCGUCGGAGUUGCCGGUAGCCAGGUCAACGUGUCGGUGGCGCGUGCGCAGCGCGCGCUGGCGUGGCGACGCGUCGAGUCGCUCCACCGCGCCGACGUGUCCUACAAUGCGACUGUCAUCGCGCUCGCCGACGCUGGCGCGACCGUGGAGGUGGAGCGGCUCCCUGGCUUCGUGCCGUGGUCUCACUGGCAGCUGCCGGAGGCGGCGUGGGCGGACCGGAAGGCGCUGCUCGGCUCGCGCCUCCCCGUCAAGUUUUUGGAGGUGGACGCCGGCCGCAACCGGAUGGUUGUGUCGCACCGGAGGCAUGCGGUCCAGCAGCGGCUCGACGAGCUGUCGCCUGGCCGGCUGGUCUCUGGCAGGGUGGCGAAGCUCGUGCCCUUCGGGGCGGUGGUGCGGCUCGCCGACGGGCUCGAGGGGCUGCUCCACGUCUCGCAGGUCUCGCGGCUGUACGUGCAGAACGUGAGCGAGGUGCUGACGCGUGGCGAGGAGCUCACCUGCGUCGUGCUCAAGGUCGACCUCGCCGACGGAUCGCUAGCGCUCUCGACCAAGAUGCUCGAGUCGCGGCCCGGCGAGAUGCUCGACGACCGCGCCGCCUUGCUCGCCCGCUCGAGCCAGAUCGAGGGCCGAGUCGAGCUCCGGCAGUGACGAGUGAGACACACAGUCACAGCCAGCUCAGCCAAGAGGGCUCACCUCGAGGCGGGCGGUAUGGCUGCGGUAGUGCGUCUCCAGCCAUGUCUACCAAGGACCGUCGUAUAAUAUCGGCGACUCU